AUGGAAAAGAAGGUAGUAAUUGUUGGAGCUGGAGUGAGUGGCCUUCUUGCCUGUAAGUAUGCUCUCAAUAUCGGACUCAAUCCGAUGGUGUUCGAAGCUGAAGAAAGAAUUGGAGGAGUUUGGAAACAUACUUUAGACUCAACCAGACUCCAAAACACCAAAGAAGUUUACCAGUUUUCUGAUUUUCCAUGGUCUUCUUCAAUAAAAAAUACAUAUCCUACUCACAGUCAAGUGAUAGAGUAUCUUGAAUCUUAUGCACAGCAUUUCAAUAUCUUUCCUUGCAUCAAGUUCGAUUCCAAGGUCAUUGGUUUAGAGUAUGUUGGAGAGUCUAGUGAAGAGAUGGAGUCGUGGGCUCUUUGGGGUGGGACAGGCAAGCCCUUUGGCUCCAAAGCGAAAUGGCAUGUCAAAGUACAAUACACAAAAACUGGCAGCAUACAGGUGUAUCACGCUGAAUUUGUUGUUCUUUGCAUUGGACAAUUCAGUGGCCUUCCAAAUAUUCCAGAGUUCCUUCCAAAUCAAGGGCCUGAAGUGUUCAAGGGCAAGGUGAUUCAUUCAGAGGACUUCUCAGCUUUGGACAAUUUGACUGCUCUAGAAUUGAUAAAAGAAAAGAGAGUUGCGAUAAUCGGUUCUCAUAAAAGCGCAGUUGACAUAGCAGCAGAAUGUGCCGAGGCAAAUGGAGUGAAGUACCCGUGCACAAUAAUUCAAAGGAAUGCUCACUGGUUUUUGCCUUCUAACAAUCUAUGUGGAUUUCUGCUUGCUUUCUUGUACUUCAGUCGAUUCUCAGAACUGUCGGUUCAUAAACCUGGUGAAACACUUCUAUUAAGUUUUUUAGCCACCUUGUUGUCACCCUUGAGAUGGGUGAUUUCAAAAAUCAUUGAGACCUACCUUAAAUGGAAUCUUCCAUUGAAGAAGUAUGGAAUGUUACCCAAAUGCAGUUUUGGUGAAGAAAUAUCUACAUGUCAGUUUGCAACGCUGCCUGACAAAUUCUAUGACAGAGUAGAAGAAGGAAGCAUCAUUAUCAAGAAUUCACAAAGCUUCAGCUUCUUUCGAGAAGGUCUAAUUGUAGAUGGGGAAUCUCGGCCAUUAGAAACAGAUGUUGUGAUUUUCGCAACAGGAUUCAAGGGUGACGAAAAACUGAGAAACAUUUUUGAGUCUCCAGUUUUCCAAAACUACAUAAAGGGGUCAUCUACUUCUAUAGUUUCGCUCUAUAGACAAAUAAUUCAUCCUCGAAUUCCUCGAUUGGCUAUAAUAGGAUACAAUGAGAGUUUAUCAACUUUGGGCAGCUCUGAAAUGAAAUGUCAAUGGCUAUCACAUCUCCUUGAUGGAAACAUUGAAUUGCCAGGUAUAAAAGACAUGGAAAAGGAAGCAAACAUGUGGGCAGAUCACAUCAAACAAGUUACAGGUCGCUACUUUAGGAGAGCUUGUAUUAACAACUUUUUCAUAUGGCACAAAGACCAACUUUGCAAGGACAUGGGAUACAAUCCCAGAAGAAAGAAAGGACUUUUAGCAUACUUGUUUAUACCAUAUUCACCAAAAGAUUAUGCAGGUCUCUCUAGUAAGUGA